CAGUUUUUGUUGCACCUUUGAGUCAUUGGUGAACUGCUUUAUAAAAAGACACAGGUACAACUAAUGCAUGCUCUGAAUAAAUCCAGUGCAUGCAACAAGUUUUGCAAAAUGCUGUGUGUCUGCAACAGAAUGAUGCAAUAGUUAUUAGCUAAUAAUAGUCAUUCUUUUGAUUAAGAAUGAGAGUACAUUUUAUAUUAGUACCUUUAUCUCCAUGCAAUACAGUGUCAGUGUAGUCGUAUUUAGUUUAUGAAAGAUAAAAUAAAGUCAUUUCCAGGCCACAAUAAAUACUGUGUAAUGGCAUUUUGAGAAGUACUUAGCACCCAUGUCCUUGUCUUUAUUUGCCUGGGCUUUACUAAGAAAAUAAAGUGGCAGAUUUUUUUAUGCAUUGUUGGAGUUUUCAUAUUAAUUCAUUUUACCCAGGUUUUGUUAAUGUGUAACCUUUACUAAGAUGAAGACUGAACCCCUCCCUUCUCUGUAGCUUUGCUGGUACCAUGGAAGAGUGAGAAUCACUAACAUUCUUUCCUCAUAAUGUUCUGCUAUGUCUUCCAAAAACUUGAACAUAGUUCUAAAAAGGUCUGACAAUGUCCAAACAACAAAAGGAGAGAAGAAGUCAAAGGGAAAAGACAAAACAAUUGCCAUCACCAAUCUUGAGACAGAUAGAGAAAAGCAGGAUUUAUAGUAAGUUUGUAGUUUUACUUGGCAUCACAUCUUAGAUCAAGGUUAAAAUUAUGUCUUUGUGUUUCAAAUCAUGCCUGUAUCAUACAGUAUACGUAGUGUAUGUUUGACCCUUUGACCCUUUUGAAGACAUUCAGUUGUCUUUAUUACACAAAGGCCUCUUCCAGUGAAUUUACAGUAUCCACUGAAGCAACUUGGCAGGUCAAACGAGUUCAGAAUUAUUUGGACAAAGACGGAUGUUAGCCAGGUCAAACAGUAUGAUGUGUGUAAACUGACAAUGAAACACACACACACACACACACACACACACACACACAAAAUAACCCUACAAGGAGGUGCAUCUUAUCUAUCUGUUGCCAUACAAACAGUAGAUGAAAAACAUCCUUCCUCUGGUGGCACAAUAAAACUUAAAGAAAAGUGAUGACAAAUGAUUUGUGGAAACAAAAGCAGCCCAGGGACAAACUCUGACUGUAGGACUUCCCACAAAGUCACUUCUAACCACAAAAGACCUCUACCCAUUAAGAAAAAAAAAGUAAAAAUGCUUCCAGGAAAACAACUGCCUCCAUGUUAGUGAUUAAAUGCAAUAAUGUAAUCUAUACAUAUUUAAGAUUCAGCCAGUGGAGAUAAUCCUCCUGGUGAAAGGAGCUGGAUGGCAAACUAAGCUGGCCAGACUCAGUAAACAAGAACCCCCUCAAAAUCGAUGUUCUCUGUCUACCUUCUCUAGGUCAUUUACAGUACGCUACCUGUUAAGAUGGGUGUGGUUGUCGCUAGGGACAACAGCUACAGCCACACAGUAACAAUGCAUUAACACACAAAUAAUACUCUUUUUCUCUGUAAAGAUCUGCUGUUCAGCUGUUUACUGUUGACCCCAGAGGAAAUGGAAAAACACCCAAGAAGGGAAGCACCAAUACAAUAAGAAGGACUGGGGACAUCUGGGAACUAAGAAAGACAGCAUCUCGGGCUUUAACCAACCUACCUAAGACAAGGGAUCUACCCCAACCAAACCAAAGUACUUUAUACCAAAGCAACCGGGACAGAAAUAAGCCAAAUUAAAGGUCUAAAGCCUUGGUCUGUCAGCUUCAGUGUAUUCUGUAUUGUUGAGAUGAAGCUGGAUAGCACAUCAGGAGAUGUGAGUGGCUGGAGGGAGGUGGAUUUUGCCCUCAACUGUACCUACAUUGUGCCAGACCAGGUAUCAGACCCCAGCUUUAACCUGCCCAAAGCUAUAACCUCCAUCCCACGUAAUCUCACCUUCGAAUACGACACAGACAAUGAGGUGACUGGCGUGUUCAGCAAGGAAUACAUACCUCAGGGGACUCGCUUUGGCCCCCUGCAAGGAGACAUCUACACCAAAGACAACGUCCCCAAACAGGCCAACAGAAAAUACUUCUGGAGGAUUUACAGUGGUGGCCAGCUUCAAAACUUCCUCGAUGGCUAUGACAUUCACAAGAGCAAUUGGAUGCGAUAUGUCAACCCGGCCCGCUCUCUGGCUGAACAGAACCUGGUGGCGUGCCAAAAUGGACGGGACAUCUACUUCUAUACCAUUCGGCCAGUAGAGCCCAAACAGGAGCUGCUGGUCUGGUACAGCCAGGAGUUUGCCCAGAGGCUCUGCAGCCAGCAGGACGUCAGCAAACACAAAUACAUGAGUGCUAAUGAGGAGCCAGAGUAUAGUAAACAGCACCUACCUCAGCAGAUGUGGCUUAAAGACAGAGCACAGGAAAUGAUAAAAGAGAGGGAUGAAGAAGAAGAAGAAGAGGAGAAGAUUGAUGUGGAGAUGUUGGAGAGGGACACUCCACCUGACACGCCUGAUGAGCAGAUCAUGGACUUCAGUAAAAAGACUGAGAAAGAUGAAAAGAGAGACCAGGAGCUUGAGGACCAGGGAAUUAUUCCCUCUGCUCAGCCUGAGCACAGACAACCCAGCCUGGGCUUGAAUCACCCGUAUUUACCUGAUCACCCUGGGCUCCCGCCUCCACACCGAAAUCUCCCUCUUCAUCUCCACGGCCUCUAUGGGCACAGAGAGGGGCUGAUGUCAUCUUACCCUCUUUACCCUCAGUCCAGACCCCUCCAUCCCUCUUACCAGCUUUUCCCCCUAUACAGCCCACACUAUCCUCACCUCACUCUCCCCUCAUACUCCCCUCCCUUUCCAGGGAUGCUGCCCUCCAGAGGAUCCCUCCGAUACAGUGACUAUCUGAGCACAGAUGGACUCCCAUUACUGCCUAAUCUACUUCCAGUUUCUCUCCCCUACCCUUCAUCUCCACAAGGAAGUCUGAAAGAAUUAACACCAAAUGUGUCACCACCUCGAGGCGCCCCAGCCACACCAGAGCUCUCCCCUCUCCCCAAACACAACAUCCAGCAUCUGUCCCCUGAGCAGUCUCCUUCUGGCUGUGAGGAGGCCAUGAAUUUAAGCCUGGCUACAACCAAAAGCAACAUAGCACCAUGCAACAGCCCUGGCCACAGAUCUCUGCCCUACCCACUGAAGAAGCAGAAUGGAAAGAUCAAGUAUGAAUGUAACACCUGCUCAAAGACGUUUGGGCAGCUGUCAAACCUCAAGGUCCACCUCCGAGUACACAGUGGCGAGAGACCUUUUCAGUGUAACCUGUGUAAAAAGAGCUUCACUCAGCUGGCCCACCUCCAGAAACAUCACCUGGUCCACACAGGGGAGAAACCACAUGAAUGCCAGGUUUGUCACAAACGCUUCAGUAGCACCAGCAACUUGAAGACACACCUUCGACUUCACUCUGGGGAAAAACCUUACCAGUGCAAGCUGUGUAGCACCAAGUUCACCCAGUACAUUCACCUCAAACUGCACCGACGCCUCCACACCAGCCGCGACCGCCCUUACCACUGCCAACUCUGCUCCCAGGCUUUUUUCCACUUCUUCUCCCUCUGCAUCCAUCAAUACAGCUGCUGCCUGGCUAACACCAGUUCUCCAGUCAACAUGCAUAUAAAACAGAUGGUGGAGCGAUUUGACGCCAGCCAAGAAGCCGACACGCUCACGGAAACGGCGUCGGCACCACAGGUAGAGGACGCUCUUGAGCAAUGGUUGGCUCGUACCCUGGAAGGUGAGGAAAAGGAGGAUCAGAAGGAGGCCACCAUGCUGCUGAAAGCUCUGACAGUAGCUAUUAAGGCCCAGUCAGCUGCACCUGCCUCACAUCAUAGCCCUCAGAUGGUCUAUCAAGAGAGGGCGAGCGUUGUUCAACUCCACAAUGGCCAGCGGUGACCACAGAAGGACAGUGAGGAGAAAUACAUAUACACCAUAUCAUCAACCAAGAAAAAAGAUGCUGCCAAAUAAAACUCCCUACUUUACCCACACUGGGUAUAACAGGGAGUAUAAAUGUUCAUAAUCCAAAAGAUGUGUAAUCCAAAGACUGGAUAAAGAUAUCCAGUGAUUUUCAAUAACUCCUGAAACUCAGUUUUAAAGAUUAGACGAGGAAGGUGUUGUUAAGCUGUGAAUUUUGGUCUUUUCACUCAGGUAGAAAAGUGUUUGCUUUUGUUGUCCUUUAACUUAUGUUUUUAAAGAUUUGAGUACCCUAUAUUUAUUUGGUUGUAUUGUAGUUUGUUUUUUCUGUCAGUGUUUUUUUCUAUGUGUUGACAUUUCCAAGGAGACUUGAUCACUUAGGAAAACCACAAAUGGACUCAGGAACAAUAACAUGGCAUUAACCUGUGGAUGAGUCUUAUUUGUUCUGUUGUUUUCCUGUGUGUGAUUGUAUUUGAGCUUCUGAGUGCAUGCAGUGCAUACAGAUCGUGGAAGCACACAAAAAAGAACAGGCCACAUUUACAGGAGAAACCACCUUCCUGCUCCUCAACUGUUUGUGACUUAUUUAUUUAUUUGUGAUUAAAAAGGGAGAAAUCGGGUAUCUUGAAACUGUGUGUUAAUAAGCGACAAAUCAAAGAAUGUGAAUAUGUAGCACCAUGUUAUCAUUAUUCAGCUGAUUUUAACAGUAAAAAGAAGGAAAAAGACAAAACAUUCUGAUUUUUGUUUGUUUGUGGCUUGUUUUUUGUUGUUAAUGCAGUUUCUCAGGGCUAAUUUAGAUAUCAAUGUGUCAAAAACACAGUGUGCUGAACAAAAUGCUACCAAAAGACCACAAAAAAAACAAACAAACUACAGAUUCAGUGUGAUCACAGUGAUGAAAAAUGGCUUUUAUUCUUUAUUGCAGGAAUGUUUUUAUGUAUAAACUUAAUUCUGAGUAAUUAAGCGGAUUUCUCUGUAGCUUUUUACUGGAUUUCAAAUAUAUUUAUAACAUACAAAGCUGUUCUGUAAAUAUUUAUAAGCACAGGCUUCAUCCAAAUCCUAAUUUAAACAUUUAUAGCUCAUAUUUAGCAUUGGACAACGUUGGAAAAAAGGGAGACGGCACCAUGCUUUUCUAGCAUUCUUACUAUUUUUGUCACUUAGCAUUGGAAUGAAAAUGUUUGCAUUUGGUGUUGAAAGACAAUCAUUCUUGAAAAUUGUACUUCUGAGUAAUAAUGUACUUUUUUUGUAUGUUUGUCUGUGUAGUUUAUUUUUGGAAACAGGUUAUGUACUGAAAACUUUUUAU